AUGUACGCGGGAGCUGACGUAACCAUCGCCAUGGAGGAGCCCUGCGACCGCUGCGGAAAACCAUACACCAACAACAGCUGCGCUGAAUUCACGGGCCACGCCCACGACGACCCGCGUUUAUUCCUAAGUGCCUGUGAAGAGAAACUAACCCGGCACAACACAGCGCCCGAAGACUGGACGGAGCGGGUCAGCGGACAGCUGCGAGGGGAAGCGCGCACUUGGUGGUCUCAGGCGGGGGGAUACGAUGUGGGCUGGGAUGACUUCUCACGCCGGUUGGAGGCUCGGUUCAACGACGCGCGCACCCAGAACAAAUGCCGCAGUGAACUGUUCAGCCGCGCGCAAGAGAGUGGGGAGAGCGAGGAGGCGUUUGUUUUUGGCAAACUCCGGCUUUACCGCCGCCUUUCACUCGGGGGCCGCGCCGACGACGUGCUCCCUUUCAUCGUAGAGUUGGUGUCUCCCGAACUACGCCCAUUCUUGCGCGGGGUAGUUUCGCACGGACUAGAAAACUUCCUCGCCCGAGCCAGGGACAUAGAAUACGAUCUGAUGGUGCACCGACGUACCAAAAACAUCGCGACGCCGCGCCCAACUCCGCAAACUCAGGAGGCGGUGCAACCAGAGGACGCGCAAGCAGUCGUUCCGUACAUAGAAUAG